AUGGCGUCACUGCGGCCACUGCUCUGCCUCUGCGUCGCAGCCGCGCACCUGGCGGGAGCCGGAGGCACCACCCCCAUUGAGGAGCCCACAGUGACCGCGUGGGGCCUUGAAGGUCCAUCGCUGGGCGCUGGCCAGCCCUCACCAACCCUGGAGGACUGGGAAGAUGGGGCCCGACAGGCUGCGGCCCGGGUCCCAGCGCUUGCGGUGUCCGCAGAGGCCAGCGAGUGGACGUCCUGGUUCAACGUGGACCACCCGGGCGGCGACGGCGACUUCGAGAGCCUGGCGGCCAUCCGCUUCUAUUACGGGCCUGCGCGCGUGUGCCCGCAGCCGCUGGCACUAGAGGCGCGCACCACAGACUGGGCCCUGCCGUCCACCGUCGGCGAGCGUGUGCACUUGAACCCCACGCGCGGUUUCUGGUGCCUCAACCGCGAGCAGCCGCGUGGCCGCCGCUGCUCCAACUACCACGUGCGCUUCCGCUGCCCACUCGAGGCCGCGUGGAGCGCGUGGGGUCCCUGGGGUUCCUGUUCAGGGAGCUGCGGGCCGGGCCGUCGCUUGCGCCGCCGCCGCUGCUCAAGCCCUGCUGGGAAUACAUGUCCCGGGCGUCCCCUGGAGGCGCAGAAGUGUGUGCGGCCUCAGUGUCCAGGGUGCAGCCCCAAAAUGUGCGGAUGCCCCAACCACAUCCUCCUGGGCUCAGUGGUCACCUCAUCUGGCCGACCGCUGCCAGGGGCCAGGGUCUCCCUGAGAGACUGGCCUGGCAGUGUGGUCACCAGUGAUGCCCAUGGAACCUUCGGGAUGCCUGGAGUCUGUGCCGGCAGCCGGGCCAAUGUCAGUGCCCAAAUGGAUGGCUUCUCUGUCGGUGUGGCGCAGUCCCAGGCCAACGGCUCCAUAUCUGCUGUGGUCACUAUUGUUCUUGAUAAGUUGGAGAAACCCUAUGUGGUGAAGCACCCUGAGUCCCGAGUGCGAGAGGCGGGCCAGAAUGUGACCUUCUGCUGCAAAGCCUCAGGCAUCCCUAUGCCCAAGAAAUACUCCUGGUUCCACAACGGGACCCUGCUGGACAGACGAGAGCACAGGUAUGGGGCCCACCUGGAGCUUCGGGGGCUGCGUCUAGACCAGGCAGGCACCUACCACUGCAAAGCAUGGAAUGACGCGGGCGCUGUGCGCUCGGGUACCGCCCAGCUCACCGUGCUUGCCCCGGGACGGCCAGCCUGCGACCCCCAACCUCAUGAGCACCUGAUCAAACUCCCAGAUGACUGCAGUCAGCUGGGCAGUGGCCCUGCCUACCUGGAUGUGGGCCUCUGUCCUGACACGCUCUGCCCCAGCCCUGUAGGCUCAAGCCCCAGGUGUGGGGACUCAGGCUCCCGCUGCUGCUCUGUGCGCCGCCUGGAGAGCAGGGAGAUCCGCUGCUCCAGCUAUGUCCUCCCAGUCAAGGUGGUGGCCGAGUGUGGCUGCCAGAAAUGUCUGCCCCCUAGGGGCCUGGUCCGGGGACGUGUGGUGGCUGUUGAUUCAGGGGAGCCCCUGCGCUUUGCCCAGAUCCUGCUGGGCCAGGAGCCCAUUGGAUUCACCUCCUACCAGGGUGACUUCACCAUUGAGGUGCUGCCCUCUACCCAGCGGCUGGUGAUGACUUUCGUGGACCCCAGCGGCGAGUUCAUGGACACUGUCAGGGUCCUGCCUUUUGACCCUCGAGGUGCUGGUGUGUACCAUGAGGUCAAGGCCAUGCGGAAGAGAGCCCCCGUCAUCUUAGAUGCCAGCCAGAUCAACACGCUUCCCCUUGGGGAGUUGGAAGACGAACCCCCCUUGGGCGAGCUGGUCCUCCCACCUGGAGCCUUCCGCAGAGCCGAUGGAGAGCCCUAUGCGGGGGCUGUGGAGGCCCGGGUGACCUUCGUGGACCCCCGAGAUCUCACUUCAGCAGCUGCCGCCCCCAGUGACCUGCGCUUUGUGGACAGUGAUGGAGAGCUGGCCCCGCUGCGCACCUAUGGCAUGUUCGCGGUGGACCUCCGAGCCGCCGGCUCAGCAGAGCAGCUACAGGCCGGACCUGUGGCAGUGCGCGUGGCCGCCAGCCAGAUCCACAUGGCGGGCCACGUAGAGGCCCUCAAGCUAUGGUCGCUGAAUCCCGAUACGGGCUUGUGGGAGGAGGAGAGCGGCUUCCAGCGUGAGGGGUCGGCGGCCCCGCGGGUCCGCCGGGAGGAGCGCGUCUUCCUGGUGGGCAACGUGGAGUUUCGCGAACGGCGGCUGUUCAACCUGGACGUGCCUGAGCGCCGCCGCUGCUUUGUGAAGGUGCGUGCCUACGCCAACGACAAGUUCGCCCCCAGCGAGCAGGUAGAGGGCGUGGUGGUCACGCUGGUUAACCUGGAGCCUGCCCCUGGUUUCUCGGCCAACCCCCGCGCCUGGGGCCGCUUCGACAGCGCGGUCACCGGCCCCAAUGGAGCCUGCCUCCCUGCCUUCUGCGACGCUGACAGGCCUGACGCCUACACAGCCCUGGUCACUGCCACUCUGGGCGGGGAGGAGCUGGAGCCCGCCCCCUCCCGGCCACGCCCGCUUCCCGGCACGGUGGGCGUGGCCCAGCCCUACCUGGACAAGCUGCGAUACCGCCGCACAGACCACGAAGACCCUGCCCUCAAACGCAAUGGCUUCCGUAUCAACCUCGCUAAACCUAGGCCUGGUGACACCACCGAGGCCAAUGGCCCCGUGUACCCGUGGCGCAGCCUGCGGGAGUGCCAGGAGGCCCCAGUGACCUCCAGCCACUUUCGCUUCGCGCGGGUGGAGGCUGACAAGUAUGAGUACAACGUGGUCCCAUUUCGCGAAGGCACGCCGGCCUCCUGGACAGGAGAUCUCUUAGCCUGGUGGCCCAACCCUCAGGAGUUUCGGGCCUGCUUCCUCAAGGUAAAGAUCCAAGGCCCGCAGGAGUACAUGGUCCGUGCCCACAACGUGGGGGGCAGCCACCCGCGCACCCAGGGCCAGCUCUACGGACUGCGGGAUGCCCGCAGUGUCCGAGACCCGCAACGCCCUGGAACUUCUGCCGCUUGUGUGGAGUUCAAAUGCAGUGGGAUGCUUUUUGAUCAGCGACAGGUGGACAGGACAUUGGUGACCAUCAUGCCCCAGGGCAGCUGUCGCCGCGUGGCAGUCAAUGGGCUCCUGCAGGAUUAUUUGGCCCGGCACCCCCCACCAGCUCCCGCCGAUGACCCAGCUGCCUUUGCCAUGCUGGCCCCGCUGGACCCUCUGGGUCACAACUACGGUGUCUACACGGUCACUGACCAGAGCCCAAGACUGGCCAAGGAGAUUGCCAUUGGCCGCUGCUUUGAUGGCUCCUCUGACGGCUUUUCGAGGGAGAUGAAGGCCGACGCUGGCACAGCUGUCACCUUUCAGUGCCGGGAGCCGCCUGCUGGCCGGCCCAGCCUCUUCCAGAGGCUGCUGGAAUCCCCAGCGACAGCACUUGGUGACAUCCGCAGGGAGAUGAGCGAGGUGACCCGGGCACAGGCCCCACUUGCGGGUCCCCUCCGUACACGCUAGGGCAGGGCCUGGCAGUGACCUGGGCCCCAGCCUCAUUCCUCUGCCUUGCUCCAGACUCCUCUGUCCCCAAGAAGUCUCACCUCCUUCUCAAGACAUCCCCACCCCACACCCUGCUCAGAAUUCAGAGUCAAGUCUGAUGGUGGAAAUACCAGGCAGGCAAUUGUUGCUGUGUUCAAGUUCGUCCUAAUUGUGGGAGCCUGGGAGACUCUUGAGGCUAGAGGAAUUGCUCCCAGCUCACAUGCCAGCUCUGAUUUCAAUUGUAUCUUGACCCUGAUUUUAAAUAUUAUGCCCCUUGGGAUUUCUGACCUUCGGCCUGGAGCUCCCUGUGUCACUAAACUGGG